CCGACACCCCUUUCCGCCAGCUACCACGGCCAGGCGGUCUACAUCCACGCCCGGCGAUACCUCACCCUCUUCGCUGGAUACACUGCUUCGCCAUGGCAGCCGUGAAAGCGCUGAACCCAAAAGCGGAGGUGGCCCGGGCCCAGGCGGCCUUGGCUGUCAACAUCAGCGCUGCUCGGGGACUUCAGGAUGUGCUCAAAAGUAACCUGGGACCCAAGGGAACCAUGAAGAUGCUUGUAUCUGGCGCCGGGGACAUUAAGUUAACCAAAGACGGAAAUGUCUUGUUACACGAGAUGCAAAUCCAGCAUCCCACAGCAUCACUCAUUGCUAAGGUUGCCACAGCGCAGGAUGACAUCACAGGAGAUGGAACCACCUCAAAUGUUCUCAUUAUUGGUGAACUCCUGAAGCAGGCAGACCUCUAUGUGUCAGAGGGCCUUCAUCCCAGAAUCAUUGCUGAGGGCUUUGAGGCAGCAAAGGAGAAAGCCCUGGCUGUCCUGGAGGAGGUUAAGGUGACACGGGAAAUGGACAGAGAGAUCCUCAUCAAUGUAGCACGCACUUCCCUUAGAACAAAGGUCCACACAGAGCUGGCAGACCUCCUCACUGAGGCUGUAGUAGAUGCUGUGCUUGCUAUUGCCAGACCCAAUGAGCCAAUUGACCUGUUCAUGGUGGAGAUCAUGGAGAUGAAGCACAAGACUGACAGCGACACACAGUUGAUCAGAGGGCUGGUGCUUGACCAUGGUGCUCGACAUCCUGACAUGAAGAAGAGGGUGGAGGAUGCCUAUGUGCUGACCUGCAAUGUCUCCUUAGAGUAUGAGAAGACGGAAGUCAACUCUGGCUUCUUCUACAAGAGUGCGAUAGAGAGGGAGAAGCUUGUGGCUGCUGAGAGGAAGUUCAUUGAGGAGCGCGUGCAAAAGAUCAUCGCCUUGAAAGAGGCCGUUUGUUCCAAUGGAGAGAAGGGCUUUGUUGUCAUCAACCAGAAGGGUAUUGACCCAUACUCUCUGGAUGCCCUGGCCAAGGCAGGCAUUGUAGGCCUACGCAGGGCAAAGAGGAGGAACAUGGAGAGGCUCACCCUUGCUUGUGGUGGCAUUGCCAUGAACUCAGUUGAUGACCUUACUCCAGACUGCUUAGGACAUGCAGGGCUGGUUUAUGAACACACACUGGGAGAGGAGAAGUACACAUUCAUUGAGAAGUGUGGAAACCCUCGCUCAGUGACCCUACUGGUGAAGGGACCCAACAAGCACACCCUCACACAGAUUAAGGAUGCUGUCAGAGAUGGCCUGCGAGCGGUCAAGAAUGCUAUUGAAGAUGGUAGUGUCGUGUCAGGAGCAGGUGCAUUUGAAGUGGCUGUGGCAGACGCUCUAGUCAAACACAAGCCCAAGGUGAAGGGCAGAGCCCAGCUGGGAGUCCAGGCCUUUGCAGAUGCCCUGCUAGUCAUCCCUAAGGUUUUGGCCCAGAACUCUGGCUAUGACCCACAGGAGACCCUGGUGAAACUGCAGACAGAGUACAAAGAGUCUGGUCAGCUGGUUGGAGUGGACCUCAGCACAGGUGAACCCAUGGUGGCAGGAGAGGCGGGUGUAUGGGAUAACUACAGUGUCAAGAAACAGCUCCUCCAUUCAUGCACGGUGAUUGCCAGUAACAUCUUGCUGGUUGAUGAGAUCAUGAGAGCCGGUAUGUCGUCUCUGAAAGGUUAAUGGUCGUCUGAAGAUGCUGCAGCCAUCGUCAUACCCACAGGAAUAGUUUGUUUACCUGAUGGGACAGUCAACAUGCUCCCCGUUAUGGCACGCUGAAGCACCUAGAUGGAUAGUCGGAUGGCUAGCCCAAUGUAAAUCGUCAGGGCGUCCAUCACGUGUAUCAGAAACCAUUGUCAGUUGCUCUUCAUGGAUUUGUCUUCACCCCCUUCUAAAAUGAUUGGUCUAUUUAUGCGAUUUUGUUAACAGCACUAGCUUUGUUUCUACCCAUUAAAGGUUUUCUUGGCUCUGGAAAGAUUUUUGUGUAGUUUUCUU